UACAGGGACAUCCGCGGAACUCCUCUGGUAUCAACGUAACGUACAUACUGCCUCCGCUCCUCGGCUUCCAAUUACUAAACAACAAGAGGGGGAUGAGGGGUGCGGUUCUUCCUGCUGAUAAUUUUGGUCUGACUCCUUGCUGUAUUCCCAUUGCAUUGUUCUUGGUGUUUCCUUCUAGUCCCCAUCUCCGCUCUUCUCUUCUAUUAUUGAUUGCUCGCUAUGACGACUUUCCCCCAGAUCCCAGCUCCGGCACAUACGCAGGUAGACUCGAUGCUUUCCCGGCGUUUUGGAAGGGAAACGGUCAACUAUUUCUCAAGUUCCCCCCUGAACCGACUGAGUUUCCUACGCACCGAACACCCGUUCCUGGCCGCCGCGCUGCGCCACCCCAGCACCCGCUUCGUGCUGGUCAAGGAUCUCGCGCCCCUGACCCGGUCGUCGGCCGAGCUCUUCUACGCCAGCUACGAGGAUGUGCGGGCCCUCGUGCCGGCCGACUACUUUGAUCUGUCGGAGGAGGAGGUGCUCAAGGCCUACGACUCGCGGAAGAGCAGUGCGUACCCGAUCUUCCUUGGGCUGGACGAGUCGCGGCGUGAGGCCGGGCUGACCUGGAAGAAUUACUCGGGCACGCCGGUAUUUGGGCUGGAUGUUACGCCGCGGGGGUCGGAGGAGCAGCAGGCUCGCGCGGGGGAGGUCAUCGCCGCCAUGGAGGCGCAAGGGUUGACCUUUUUCAAAUCGCGGGUUGUCGCGACGUUUUCGGCUGAUGAGGCUGCUGUUUACGCCCAAUGUCGAGCCCUGGUUGACUGGAACACGCGCAACACGUUCUGCGGAACGUGCGGACAUCCAACCAUCUCAGUCAACGCAGGCACCAAACGGGCGUGUCCGCCGACGGACCUCGCACGGUCGGCCGAGGGCAAACCGGUGGAACGGCCGGCGUGCAACACGCGGACCACGAUUUCGAACCUGUCGUUCCCACGGACGGACCCGACGAUCAUCGUCGCGACGCUCUCGGCGGACGGCCACCGCAUCCUGCUGGGGCGGUCGAAACGCUUCCCGCCAAACUGGUACUCAACUCUCGCCGGCUUCAUCGAGCCCGCCGAGUCGGUCGAGGACGCCGUCCGCCGUGAGGUCUGGGAGGAAGCCGGCGUCACCCUGUCGCGCGUCGUCAUCCAUUCCUCCCAGCCCUGGCCCUACCCGGCGAACCUGAUGAUCGGGGCCAUCGCCCAGGUCGGCGACCCAGCCCACGAAUCCAUCUGUCUCGAACACGACCCGGAGCUCGAGGAUGCCCGCUGGUUCGACAUCGCAGAAGUCAAGGAGGCCCUGUGUGUCGGGGUCAGCGCUCUCGGUGACAAGCCGGGCCCGGAGUACAAGGAGGGCGGCCUUAAACUGCCCCCGCCAACGGCGAUUGCCAACCAGCUCAUCCAGGCGGCAGUUAAUGCCGACUAUCUCGGUGCCAGCGAGGCCAAAAUGUAGACUGCACACUAGGGUAUACACUCGGUACAUAUUCAUACGAGCUAGAUUGUAGAAGACAUAUUCUAGAAGUUUAUUCAAUUAUACCGUUUUAAUCAUCCAAGAUUAAUGUCAAGUACUAUACAUUCGCAUAGGCCGUCCCAUCACGCAACUCAUGUACGCUGCUCCCUCUCCCCUUGGGCGAAGAUCCUACCUCCGCAUACUUGGUUCCAUCGCGCAGCUCGUGGAUCGUGAUCCUCCGCCGCGACGAUGAGCCUUUCUUCCCGCGCCGUCGCGCGCUGGCGCUGGUGGUCGACAGGGGUGCCGAGUCCGCCCGUGAAGAAGAGACGCCGGACUGCUGCUCUGCACUGUCUGCGUCGCUUAGUAGGGAGGGAGACGAGG